AUGGCCUCGCAUCAGCUGCGAGCGACAACCGACGCUACCCGCGACACUGCCGACGCGCUCGCUCGCCCUGAGCGCGAGCGCGACGACCACGAGCGGGAGGACGCCGGCUCGAGCAACAGCCUCUUCCAGGCGAGCAAGCGUGACAAGGGCGACGGCGAUAAGGACAACACGCACGCGCAAGACGACGACCAGCACGACGCGCAGCUUGCCGCCAAGAAGCGCCGCAUAAGCACGACCGCGACCAAGGCCAAGGGCACCGCGAGGGUCAAGGGCAAGAAGGGCAAGCUGUCGACGUUCCUCGCCAUGCCGCUCGACCUCCUCGUCGAGGUCGCUCAGCACACCGACCCGCCGACGCUCCUCGCCAUGUCGCGCACCAACAAGCUCAUGCACAACCUGUUCGCCCGUCGUUCUGCCGCCCCGAUCUGGGCCGCCGUCCGCCGCAACGUCGACUUUCCCGAGCUCGAGGCGACCGACCUCUCCGAGAUGCAGCUCGCGUCGCUCGUGUUCGACCGCAACUGCCACCUGUGCGGCCGUGGUCGGGCCGUCAUCGUCGACUAUGCGCUCCGGAUCCGCUGGUGCAAGUCCUGCGAGCGCGCCAACCUCGUGCGCGAGACCGAUCUACAGCGUCUGAAGUUGCACCGCCUCGCCCCGGCCUGCAGCUUCUUGACCUUCCACUCGGGCAAGAACCGCAUCGUCGGCAGCGCCUACUACUGCGUCGCGCAACUGCGCGCCGUGAGCGACCACCUGUUCAAGCUCGAGGCCGAGGACGACAAGUUGCACGCCGAGCUCGCGCUCGGCAUGCCUCGUGCAGCACCGCGGCCGAUGCGCGAGAUCAUGUGGGCCGACCCGACCGCGCUCAGCCUGGUCGAGAAGCAUGUGGUCGAGUGCCGGCAUCUCCCCGACCAAGUGCAGGAGGAUGCCGCGGCACUCGUCAAGUGGGACGGCGCCACGCCUUUAGCUCGCGAGGCGGCUCUUGUCGCCGCCGAUCAACUGCGGUACCGCAAGGACUUUGUCAGGCGGGUGCUUGUCCCCCGUUACGUCGACGACGCCGACAUGAUCAUUCGUCGCGGCUCGCCCAUCCUCGAGCUCAUCAGGGAGCCGACGCUUCCCGUGCUGCUCAGCGACGAGGGCAAGUCAGCUCCAGCGACCGCCGCAGAUGUCCAAGCGCCCUGA